AUGCUUGGGAGUGGAGUGGGGAAUGUUGGGAGGUAUGAGCCGUCUAAAACUGUUGGAGAGCGUCUUCAGUGGCAUCUUAAGAGGCCUCGGGCGUGGAAUCCGUGGCGAGGCGCAGACUUCCUCGUUCUGGGCCCCUCUGCGGCCUGGAAGGGUGAGGGCGGCAUCCUUGCGGCUGGGUACCUCACCCCGCUGUGGCAGAUUUCGUCGAGUGGUUGGGCAGAGCCGGAGCACCCCUUUGAAGGAGGAGGAGGCUUGGGCUCCACGCCUGCAGCUCACUGCUCCGUGGAAAUGGAGGCCAUUACGAAGUCCGACGUGGACCUGGAAGGCCAGUGGAUUGAGGGUCAACACACCAGCUUUGGUCUUAAGAACUCGACGGAAGUUUCGGCAAACACCAGAAGAAGCAGUGAUCUUAAGACCGAGUCAGUAGCUACACGAUCUGGUCCAGAUCCUUAA